AUGGUGAGAAGACGUACUAGCCAAUGCCGGGAUUGGGAUGAAAAUGUCGUUCAUUCUAGGGUUCUAGGUGGUGGCCGACGAAGCAGCAUCUUCGAUCCCUUCUCCCUAAACAUCUGGGAUCCUUUCAAGGGCUUUCCCUUUAGUACCACUCUGUCCAACAUUCCCAACAUUGUUGGCGAAACCUCGGCCUUUGCCAAUACACGUAUUGACUGGAAAGAGAUGCCAGAAGCUCACGUUUUCAAGGUGGAUCUUCCAAGGUUGAGGAAGGAGGAAGUGAAAGUAGAGGUUGAAGAGGGAAGAGUGCUUCAAAUCAAUAGAGAGAUGAGUAAGGAGCAAGAGGAGAAAAACAACAAGUGGCAUCGCGUGGAAAGGAGCAACGAGAGGUUUCUUCGUAGAUUUAGGUUGCCAGAAAAUGCCAAGACAAAUGAGGUCAAAGCUUGCAUGGAGAAUGGCGUGCUGAUUGUGAUGGUUCCGAAAGAAGAGGUGAAGAAGGCUGAGGUCAAGGCCAUCGAAAUUUCUGGCUAA